AUGGGGAUGAAAGUGAACCACAAAAACUACCAACUCAAGUUGAUAGAUCAUAUGUAUAACCAGAUUCCGGCAUUCACGGAUGUUUUCACGGAGGAGACUUUUUAUAUGACCGUGGUGGCCAUCGUUCUGAGCACUAUAAUUUUCGUGUUUAUUGUUUCUCGGUAUGUUACCAUUAAACCUGUAGAAUAAGCAAAUAAAUAAAUUUUAGAUUGUU